AUGCUUUUAACAAGUACAUUACUUCCUCAUUCACCUGCUAUUCAAUCUAUGAAAACAUCAACUCGAUCGGCAACUAAUUUAACUCUUCAACAAAUAUUUAAAGAAAAAAAAUCAAUAUUUUACUUUUUAGGUAUUGAACAAAAUUAUAAAAAAAUAAAUAAACAUAAUAGAAAAAUUGCAAAUGGAAAACAAGAUGUUAUCGUUACACCAACUCAAACUGUUAAAAUCAAAAUAGCAUCACCAAUUCCAACAAAUCUCUUCGAAUCAAUUCAUACAUAA